CUGUUAUCGUUGAGUGUUCACCGCGGUCUGCUCUCUCUUCAGGCCGACACGACGCAUCCGCUGACCAAACACAGGAAGAUAGCGUCGUCCUUCAGAGACUCCUCCCUCUUCGACAUUUUCACGCUUUCCUGCAACCUCCUCAAACAGACAAAACAAAGUGAACAAACAGUAACGAUUGCUUCGGGGAAGAACCUGAACCUGAACGAUGAGUCCCAGCACGGCCUGCUGAUGCAGCUCCUCAAACUCAGCUACAAUUGCCUCAACUACGACUUCAUAGGAACCUCCACAGACGAGUCGUCGGACGACCUCUGCACCGUGCAGAUCCCCACGUCAUGGAGAUCAGCAUUUCUCGAUUCCUCGACGCUGCAGCUCUUUUUCAAUUUAUACCAUUCCAUCCCUCCGUCCCUGUCCCCUCUGGUCUUGUCGUGUCUAGUCCAGAUAGCCUCCGUCCGGAGGUCUCUCUUCAACAACGCAGAACGAGCAAAGUUCCUCUCACAUUUGGUGGACGGAGUGAAGAGGAUACUAGCGAACCCACAG